UUCAGGGCUGAUGCUGGGUGUGUGUCUGCGGCGAUGACCUGCAGAGAGCUGCCGUCUCUCGGUGAACUGGAGCCAAUGCAAGCGCCAGAUUUAACAGCAGCGCUCCGACAUUAAUUGCGUUUCGCCGCAUUUCGGCUAUAAACGAAGCGCUCUGAUGUGAAACCCGGACGAGGAGACUUAUUCGAGGAAGAAAGUCAGCCCUCAGCUGGCCGGGGAAAGCUGACCACGCCACCCGGCUUCCGGGGAUUCAGSGGCCGCUUCGGUUGACGGCAGACGACCGUCUUUGGCUCGAGGGAAGACGGGCGAAUAUUCCCAUCGGGCGCAGACCCAUACUCGGUUUCAGCCACUUUCGAGAUGUCAAGAAAGCUCCAAAGGACAGAAGUCUGCGCCGACUGCAGUGCGCCAGACCCGGGAUGGAGCAGCAUCAACCGUGGUGUUCUGAUCUGUGACGAAUGCUGUUCAGUCCACCGCAGCUUAGGCCGACACAUCUCCAUAGUAAAGCACCUGAGGCACAGCGGAUGGCCUCCCACACUACUGCAGAUGGUUCAGACUUUGGCCAGUAAUGGAGCCAACUCCAUAUGGGAACACAGUCUCCUGGACCCCGCGCAGGUGCAAAGCGGUCGGAGAAAACCAAACCCCCAGGACAAGGUCCACCCUACAAAGUCAGAGUUCAUCAGGGCCAAAUACCAGAUGCUGGCAUUUGUGCACAAGCUUCCCUGCCGUGAUGAUGAUGGUGUCACAACGAAGGAUCUCAGUAAGCAACUUCAUUCGAGUGUGCGGACAGGCAGUUUAGAGACGUGUCUUCGACUCUUGUCCCUCGGCGCACAGGCCAACUUCUUCCACCCGGAGAAAGGCAACACCCCGCUGCACAUGGCAGCCAAGGCAGGACAAAUCCUACAAGCCGAGCUGCUCGUCGUGUACGGCGCCGACCCCGGAGCGCCGGACAUCAACGGACGCACACCUAUGGAUUCUGCCAGGCAGGCGGGUCAUGUAGAUCUAGCAGAGCGACUGGUGGAGUGUCAGUAUGAGCUGACGGACAGGUUAGCUUUCUACCUGUGUGGCCGGCGUCCAGAUCACAAAAACGGGCAUUAUAUCAUUCCUCAGAUGGCAGACAGAGCUCGUCCUAAGUGCCCGACACAGAGUCUGGACCUCUCUGAACUGGCUAAAGCUGCCAAGAAGAAGCUUCAAGCACUCAACAACCGGUUGUUUGAGGAGUUAGCGAUGGAUGUUUACGACGAGGUGGAUCGCAGAGAAAACGAUGCAGUGUGGUUGACGACACAGAACCACAGCACUCUGGUAACAGAACGAAGCGCCGUCCCAUUCCUACCAGUCAACCCUGAAUACUCUGCCACACGAAACCAGGGUCGUCAGAAGCUGGCUCGUUUCAACGCCCGGGAGUUUGCGACGCUCAUCAUCGACAUCCUGAGUGACGCCAAGAGGAGGCAGCAGGGAAAAGGUCUCAGCUUCCCAACUGCAGACCCAUUGGACCCGGGCAUAGAUGAUGACAUGCACGACUACGACACCGUAGCUUCCGACGAAGACACGGACAGUGAGCUGACGACCCAGAACAACAACAACACGCAGCGCAGCAAUCGUGCAAAGAGCAUGGACUCAUCGGACCUGUCGGACGGGCCCAUCACGCUGCAGGAGUACCUGGAGGUGAAGAAGGCCCUGGCCUCCUCAGAAGCCAAAGUGCAGCAGCUGCUGAAGGUCAACAACAAUCUGAGCGAGGAGCUCCGGAGACUUCAGAAGGAGGUAAGAAAGGGUGGGACUGGGGGUCCAGCYUCAUAUGGAGGCCAUCAUGUCUCUGGAUCUACAGAAAUGGGCAGAUAUAUGGUUUCUAAACCAGAGAAGCAUGGCAGCGGCACAGACAGUGACUACGAUAACACACAGUCUUAUGAUCCUUCACAAAGUAUGGGACGCAGCAGUGAGGAGGAAGGUCGGGGUGAGUCAGAGGAAGGAGGGGAGGCAGGAGAGCCAGACCCCACCCUGCCCUGCACGGAGGACGUCAUCCUAAAGACGGAGCAGGUGACGAAGAACAUCCAGGAGCUGCUCCGGGCUGCUCAGGAGUUCAAACACGACAGCUUCGUUCCAUGCUCUGAGAAGAUCCACUCUGCGGUCACUGAGAUGGCAUCUCUCUUCCCCAAAAGGCCGGCUCUGGAUGCRGUCCACUGCUCCCUGCGCCUGCUGGCCUCCAGCGCCUCGAGGCUGCAGGUGGAGUGCCGCAAGGCAGUGCCCUCGGAGCCCGGGGCCCCCGCCGUGGACUACCAGCUGCUCACGCAGCAGGUCAUCCAGUGCGCCUACGACAUCGCCAAGGCCGCCAAGCAACUGGUCACCAUCACGACCCGCGAGAAGAAACAGUGACCGAAACGCGGCGGGGAGAGACGGGAGAGGAUCCACGGAUGGGAGGGGCCUUUCAGGGAGGGGGCGGGGCUUGGAACGACAGAGGCAGGCGGAGCAGCUGGAAUCGUUACAGAUAUGCAGUUUGGAAGACUCCAGAGAAUCACGAGUGUGAAAGUAUGGAGGGGAUGAGAAGAAGGCUCGUAUGUGGAGCUGAAGUUUGAGGUCUGGUGUAGAUUUUAUCUCAAACUGUGACGAGCGACCCCGACGGUGGAGAUGUACAGUGAACCGGAUGGUGACUCUUUUUUAAUUUAUUUUACUUUGGAUCCACGUCGUCCGUCCGCCUCACGUGUUUAAGCUGCCGGGCAGGGAGGGAGGUGGAUGCCUUGUCCUCCCCAUCUUCCGUCCCAAGAGGAGUCGGGAUGCUCCUCUUCCUCCUUCCUCCUGGUUGCCGUCGCAUCUUCUCUCUCUCCAACCUGAAAUGCUGUUUCACCCCCCCGCCCCCUGAAAUCAGUUCACACCCCACCAAGGCCUCUCAGACCCUCCAGCCUGGGUGAUUUCUCCAGGAGGGGGUUUCAGCUCUAACCCCCUCCUGUUGGUGGUACACAGCAUGAUCUGGCAUGUUUUCAGUUCUUUCUCCUCUCCUUUAUUUUUAAUGCAGAUCAGUUAGAUUUGCACCUCUAAGGACAAAAAUCUUUUUUUUAUUUACUGACUUAUAAAAACACUUACACUGGAAUAAUUGUGAUUUAUUGUUAUUGUUUAUCCUCCUAUUGAUUUAUUUUGUUGUAAGGAUAAUUUUACUGACUGUCAUUCAUGUUUAUUUUAUUGUCUGAUAUGAAUCAUGUAACGGAACAGGGAGAAAAUGCACGUCGACCUCCUGCGGGGGACGUACGCGCACAAACAGAAACCUGUGAAACGGUCCUCGCCAUUUCUUCAAACGCUCCUGUUUUCAGAGUGGAAACAGAGCGUUUCGUUUCUUUUCAUGUUUUUUUUUGUAGCCAAGUUGCCAAAGCAGAUCGUGUUGGGAGACAUUUUUAUUUUCUGUAAGAUCGGAGGCUGACCUGCGGAUCAAAAUGCCAUUUUUGCGUAUGUUUCGUCUCUUUUUUAUGUUUACGUUCUUUUCUUUUUUUUAACUAUAUUUUUGCCUCAUUUAGCAGAGACAGUGGAAUCAUCUCAGAAUCAGCCUCUUAACUGGGCCGAGCAGGACAGGAAGCGUUGAACCUGACAGGACAGCAGUAUUUUUAAAAAAAUUUCCGCGUUAAACAGUGAAACGCCUUAAGUCGACCUUUGGAAAGCUGGAACACUUUGUCAUUUCUUCUGGGAGAAAACAGGCAUGUAUUUAUUUAGUUUGCCGUGUUUUUUUAUUUUUAUUUCUAGAACUGUCUGGCGAGCACAAUCAGACACGCUGAGCCCCCGGAUCGUGUUCCGUGUCCAUGAAUUCUGCCGACAGGAAACAGCAUUGGAAACAAACUUUUUUUUAAUAUAUAGUUACAAAAACAAAACAGUGCACUUAAUCUACUGAGCGUCUUGUGCUGAACAAAGAAGGUCCUGUCUGUAAGGACGGCUGCAGUCCUCCUUCCCCGCAGCCUCCAGGUGACUCCUGCUCUGCUUCAGUGUUUUCUCCUGAGCUGGUUCCUCAGUGUUUUCGUUCAUUUUAUUCGUCGGCCUGUUCAGAUGAGCCUCUGCAUGUCAAACCUUGAAACUUUUGAGGAUACGAUCAAAACCGUGGUGCAGCUACUUUUAUUGGUGGAGAACUGCUGCCUGUUUUAUUAACACUAUCAACAGCACCGGCCCAUCUCAGUCACAUUUUUGCUUUUAUUCACCUUUUUUUUUUCCUCCCACGCUACCUUUAAGCUCCUGAAAGUGGAUUUUUUUGCAUCAAACUCAUCAGAUUGUUUGAUCUUGAAUGCCUUUGCACAUCAUCAUCUGCUGUUACGCUGAUUUAUUAUGAAUUUAAAGGACUUGGACACUAAUUAGGAGCAGUUAGAAAUAAAAAAAGACAUGCUUCUUCAAUCAUAAAAGCCCAUGUUUUAGAYUAGAGCCAUUAAUAUAAAUAUCUAUUUUCAUGCUAUAUUUUCUAUUAAGCUACAUUUUCGAUUUGUUGGCCUGAAACAGCUUGUAGGCUGUGACGUCUGCCCACCAAACCUACCCACCUGAUAUACUUUGUGAUGUUUUUAGGUUUGGUUGUGACGUGGUACUACCCUCCUCUGGACUCGGGACGGUGCACAUGAACAAUCCCACAGUGAACCACAGGUGGAGCUCGGCAGCUAACGGCGCGGUCUUAGUUGCACUAUUUCCAAACACCAGCUGGUUGGGAGUAGGAUCUCUGCGACGCACCGCACACUCCCUGAAGUCUUAGUUCAAGUACAUUAGGUUUGGGUUUGGGGACGGGCUGUAAGGUCCGAAGCGCACUUUUCUUUUUUUUCUUUUUUUUCAGCUCAGCACUACAAGUCAUCUCAAAUGGGUUGGUGAACACUACGUAGGGUGCCUCUAGCGUGAAUGUUAAAUGCUUUCCGACACAACCGUGUACAAACUUCAGGAUGUUACGUUAAAACCGGACACACCCUCGGAACCAGAAUCAGUUUGGACCAAUCCCUGCACAAAUACACACUGCAGCCAAAAAUCAACACUUUCUUUUUUUCUUUGCCCCCCCCACAGCAGAGGAUUGUGGCCCCACGUUUCCUCACAGCUCUGUGCUUUUCAGAGAUGGGUGAUGGGAGAUUUGUCUUUUAACAGAAAAUGUUAACUGUAUAAAGUAGAGAAAACAAUGACUUACUACAAAAAAGGUCAAUUGUAAUGGACACUCAUAAGCUGUACAUUUGUAAUAAAAUUAAACAAUUUAAUUGUC